AUGGCCUCGAUACUGCGGUCGAGCAAAUUUGUGCGAUAUUUUGCCGGUUUCGCACGAAAUUUAGUGUUUAGCACUGCACGGGAAACGGAAAGCAGCUUCGUCCAGCAAUCGCAGUGUUUGUGCGGCAAUUUCACAAGUGGAUUUGCAACAGCAGCGACCAAGAGUAAAAAUGGACUUGAUAGGUCCUUGAAGCGCUUGGACGAAGAUGUGCGCCGCUCGGGCCGAAUCUCUCGGCGGGACCUGGAGGAGGUGUUGGAAGAAAUCCGCAUCAAUCGAUCGGCCACCAGCGCACAGUCCCUGCUCGUGAUCAGAUGCUGUGGUAAUCUUGUUCCGGAAGAAUUACCCGAGGUACGGACCGCACUUGUGCAGGAGAUAUGGAAGACGCUAAAGAAUCUGAACGUUGCUAUGGACGUGUCCCAUUACAAUGCCCUGCUGCGGGUGUAUCUCGACAACGAGCAUCCAUUCUCGCCGACGGAGUUCUUGGCCGAUAUGCAAUCGCUGGGUAUCGAACCAAACCGUGUCACGUACCAACGGUUGAUCUCACGCUACUGCCAGCAGGGUGACAUUGAGGGUGCGACUCGAAUUUUGGAGUUUAUGCGCGAGAAGCAACUGCCCGUCAAUGAGUACGUCUUCAAUGCGCUCAUUAUGGGUCAUUCUCAAGCAGACGAUCUGGAAUCGGCAACGGGAAUAUUGGCCGUAAUGGGUCAAGCGGGUCUUCAACCAUCCGCUGAAACGUACACGACACUGCUCUGUGGCUACGCUCGAAAGGGUGAUAUUGAUUACAUUUGCAAAACGAUUGAUUCCUGCGAGCAGAAGGAAAUAUUCCUGCUCGAUAAGGAUAUUCUGGAAAUUAUCUACUCACUCGCCACCAAUGGAUAUCCGGAGAAGGUGGAUCAGCUGAUCGAAAAGAUUCGGCGCCAGGCCGGCUACAACCAGGACGCUGUAAAUGUGAUCCUUCGGCUAAUCAACCGAGGUCAUGAAGAGGUAUGCAUGAAACUGCUCCGUACAAUGCCCCGAGCCGCAAAGAACGAUGGUGAGCUGGCGAACACUGGAAGUUUCCUAGUGCGGCAAUUAGUACGCGCUAAACGACCAGCGGAUAAGGUUAUUGCGAUUUGCAAAGAACUGCAGGAAGGUGACAUGAAUGAUCGAGCUUACCUCAUUGCACUCGAGACGGCCCUGAAGGGAGGUGCGGUAGAGUUAAGUUUCGCCAUUCUGGAGGAACUGACCAAGCAGAAUCAACCGAUCCGUCAACAUUUCUUCUGGCCCUUGAUGUGCAGCACCGAUCCCGCCCUGACGAAGGAGGAACGCACGGACAAUGUACUGAAUGUGUUGCGCUCGAUGUCGGAAAAAUUCAACAUCUACCCUAGCAGCGAAACGAUACGUGAAUAUGCCGUACCGAACCUGCCGGUGACAAACAGCGAAAUCGUAAUACAGCUACUGCGCAGUGCUGGUAUCUCACCGGCCGUUGCCAGUUCUAGCUGUGCGUACGUCGCACUGGAACGAAACAAUCUGAAAGAGGCGGCUAACAUCGCCUCCCGGUAUCGAGCAUACUACUCGCCUGGCGUGUAUCGUAAACCGCUCGUACAAGCACUUGCCCAAUCACGAGACUUUGAGGCUUAUGUUCGCUUCUCACGUGCGCUACACGAUGGUCUAAAGCGUGCACGUUCCAUGGAAGAGGAAAACGAACAAGGAGCGGAUGGCGAAAAUGGAAACAGUAUCGAAGCAGUGCAGGCCGAAACGAUGGGAAACUUGAUUUACGACGCCGUGUCCACCUUCAAAACCGAACGUGUCGAGGUGAUGGAAAAGAUUCUUACCGGCUUCGUGUCCCAAGGUUUAUCAAUCAGUAAUAACAUGGCCGAGAAAAUUCAAGAGCGAAUGGGCAGCGAAAUGACGGCGGAAAUAUCCGGCAUGCUGUCGAAAUUAGCUGCGGGAGAUUUGGAACCGGUCGAGUUGGAACGCUCACCGGCCCAGAGCCAACAGCGGACAAAGCCACUGAUUUCGAGCCUAUCCGUGCCUCAGCUCGAGCGGCUUGUUGUCGAUCUGGAGGCGCGGAAGGAGAACUCCAACACGGUAAAGUCACAGCUGAUUCGUUCCGUCAUUCGUUCGAACGAUAUCGCCAAAACGAAAGAAGUGUUGCAGAAACUGGAGAGUGAAAACUACGUCGUAAGUCCGGGAGUUUACGGGCUGGCGAUUGACAUGUUCGCUACGAACGGUAAGGUAGAGGAAGCAUUCGAACUGCUAGCAAGUGUUAAAUCCAAACAGCCUGACUUUAGCCUCGAUCGGGUGAAGAUCGCACGGUUAACACACAGUUUACUCGAGUUAGAACGUUUCGAUGAUGCACUUCGUUUCCUGGAUGAAAAUGCACCCACAGCAACGGAACCAACCAACGACGAAAGCCAGACCCGGGAAGUAGAUUUUGUAUACAACAGCGCCUGUUGGCGUCUGCUCAACACACUUGCCGAGAAGGGCAACGUGCAGCAGGUGAACCAAAUGUUUGACCAUCUGCUGAGCAAAGGUUACAUUACACCGCAAAACAUAUUCCUCGGAUCGCUCAUCAAGGUGCAUCUGGUGCGCGAUGAUCUUCCCUCGGCAAUGAGCAAUUUCGCGGAAAUAUGUCAGAAGUAUCGUCUAACGCCAUGGAAAACAGAACUCACCUGUCGUCUAAUACAGGCGGAAGAUGCCACGAAUUUACAGCGCCUGACCGACCUUAGCACGGAAGUGCACGGCGAGGUGAACAGUCUCUACGAUCUCGUGUUCGCCUUUGUCGACUGUGGACGCAUUCGACAGGCGCGGAAGAUUCUCGAAACGCCAGGUUUACGCACACGCUACCAACGGAUACAGACGGCGUGCGAACGUUACCAGCAGGAAGGAAAAACGUCCAGUCUGGAAGGGUUGAUGGAAGCGACAAAGGAUCUGAGCCAUAUCGAUCGCAGCGAAAUAUACCACAAGCUGCUGCAAAGUUACAUAGGUGAGAAGGAUGCGGUAAAAUCGCUUGGUUUAUGGACACGCAUGCAGGAAGAAAACGUUACACCAUCGGAUGCGUUCCUGACGGAGUUGGGAGAAUUUUUAAAGAGCAAUGGCUAUGAAGUUCCGUUUGCAAUGCCAGUGCAGAUCCCUGUACCGACUGGAGAAGGCCAAUCGAAACCAAAAGCAAAGAGUGGCCAAACUAGUACAGGCGCCUCUGCUCAUAUGAAAGAAGUUUCCACGAAACGUCCCCAGGUAAAUGUCCCAUUUCGUGAAUUGAAGCAAGCCAUCAAAGCGAACGAUCCAGACAAAAUUCUUCUUGCAUACGAACCGUUGAAAACAGCUGCAACUAAACCAAAUCUCACCGAACAGUCGGCCAUCAUUGAAGCGCUGAUAAAUCGUGAUCGUCUCAUGGAAGCGGCCAACAUGGUGCUUGCUCUGUUGGAACAGAAAUUGUUCCCCAUUCCGCGCACCUUCAAGUACUUCCUGAACAAACUGGCAAUCAGUGGUGAUGUGGCGACGUUCGAUCGUAUCGGCUCAUUGAUCACGGACGAUCUAAAACGUCUGAUCUCGUUCGAUAAUCGCUUUUGCCAUGCGAACGUCUCCAACGGUAAUGCUGAUCAGUACUUGCGAAAGCUGGAAGACGAAAUCGAGAAGGUUAAGGAUAAGGAAGAAGCUAUCGCAGCAGCGAAACGCUUCCCUAUCGGUGGUGCCUCCGGUAUUCUAACCCAACACCCCGAACUGCACGAACGUUACGAACAGUUGUCCGAAAACUACGCAAAAUGGGGUCUGCUUGCACCGGUGAACGCUCUCUGGAUACACUACUUCAUUGCUGGACCAGCGGAAAAGGCCAACACUAUUUGGAACCGUCACCUGUCGAACAGUUCCCGUAUCAUGUUCCAAAAGAUCAUCCAACAGGCCCGAGACACCAAAGACGAUGCGCUGUGUCGACGGUUAAUUGAUCAUUUGCACGAGUCGAACGUUUCCGAGAAGGGUAAGGGUUUGAUCUACAGUUGCAUGGUGGACAUUCUGGUCGCAAAGGAAAAACCUGAAGAAGCACUGGCAGCGCUGGAGGACGGUCUUAAGGUGACCUGCCUGGAGAACGUAAAUCGGACGGCUUUGAAGCGGCUACAGGAAGCACUUGCAGCGAAAGGCAAGUCCUUCCCGCACACCAUUCCGGCUAAGAAUGCUAAGACAGCACAGGAACCGUCCUCUACUAGCAGCAGCGACAGUGACAGUGAAAGCAGUAGUGACGAGGAACCCACGAAAACAGCAGCAGCAAAAUUUAGCAGUAAACCCAGCAGUAAGAAUCUGUCUUAA